AUGGCUAGCAGUUCCAGUUCAUAUCGUGGCUGCCCUCGCAUGAGCAAUGUGGAGCGGACAACAAUCUCCCUGUCCGACGAUGAUGACAAUGACUCCCUCUACGAAGUUGCGCGCAGUAUCGCGCAGGACGAGGCUGAAGUGACCCAAGAGCUCGUUGACUUGACUCAAGACGACGACGGCAGCAGCCCAGAGUUGAGCUCCGAGCCUCAUGUCAACCCUCGACGUUGCCAGAAGUCAAUUGUCAGCAUCAGGGGGAUGGAGCUGGCGGUUGGCGAUGUUGUCGAGCUUGCCGAGCACGUUGGAGUAUGGGCGAUCCAGUUCAUUGACAUCCAAGAGAUGUGCGUGGAUCAGUCCACGUCCAGAGUCCUGCUCCGUGGUGUACCAUACGCACGCACCAAGAACCUGCGAGGACGACUAGAGCCCAAGUUGAACGAAGUGUGCCGUAUUAUUGAGACUGUUCACGAUGAUCAUCGUACGAGCGAGCAGGAGAUGCUGAUCGAAGUCUCUGCCAACCAAGUCCUGGCCAAGAGGGUCCUCAUCAAGACGAACUCCAACUUCCCUAAUUGCCGCUUCGGGAAUGACUCGAACUGGCGUUCAAUGUCACAUACGCAAAAGGAGGAGAAAGCUCCCUUGACAUGCCGAUGGGAGAUGCGCAUUGAGUAUCAGAAUGGCCGCUGCCAAAAGAAUGACCGUCCACUUGGCGGCGCCUUGAUUCAUCUUUCUGAAGACGAUGUCGAGCAAGGGCCGUAUUGUGUGUCAGACCAACAACGUCAACGAGACUGGCGUGGCCGUCGACGGGGUGUUCAGGCAAAGACGACUGGAAAGUACACCUUCGGAGAUGUCUUUUGCGGGGCUGGCGGUACCUCUCGUGGGGCCGUUAUGGCAGGCUUCGAGCCAAUCGUUGCGGUUGAUAAUUCGUCUACAGCCUGCCAAACCUACCAACGCAACUUCCCAGACACAAACCUGUUUACCCAAGACAUAUACGACUUCAUUCACGAUCCCGAGAAGUUCUACGUUGACGUCUUGCAUAUUUCCCCACCUUGCCAACCCUACAGCCCCAUCCAUGUCCGCGAAGGACAGAAUGAUGAAGCAAACACUGCUGCUCUGUUCUUCCAUGAUGUGCUCGAAAAAACUCACCCACGUCUUAUUACCCUAGAAGAAACAUUCGGGCUUACGCAUAACAAGCAUGUCCUGUGGUUCAAUGCGUUGCUCCGAGGUUUUACUUCCCGCCACUACUCCAUCAAGUGGUAA